GCCCUCCCUCCUGGAAGCUUGUUUUUUUAAAAAAAAAAAAAAAUCAGCUCCAAGCGGAUCACAGCGUUCUGUGAAUAAACAGUGCCGGCCCAAGAGCCAAGCUGGGCGAAUAGUUGCUGCUUCCUAGCCACAGGGGCGGAAAAGAUACCUGGGCUAAAGACCGUCACUUCCGCCCGCCAUUUCACCCAGCGCCUCCCUGCUCCGCCUGGGCUGCACUCGCCGCUGCCAUGACGGACCGCUACACCAUCCACAGCCAGCUAGAGCACCUGCAGUCCAAGUACAUCGGGACGGGACACGCCGACACCACCAAGUGGGAGUGGUUGGUGAACCAGCACCGGGACUCGUACUGCUCUUACAUGGGCCACUUCGACCUGCUCAACUACUUCGCCAUCGCCGAGAACGAGAGCAAGGCGCGCGUCCGCUUCAACCUCAUGGAGAAGAUGCUGCAGCCCUGCGGGCCACCCGCCGACAAGCCUGACGAGUCCUAGUCUGCCCCAAUCGGCUCCUGGCUCCCGGCUCCGGGGCAGGGUGCUGUAGGGGGGGUUGGCCAGACGAGCGGCCGCAGCGCAGAGGCCGAUCCUCCGGGUGUGUCGCCGUGGUGGCCCGGCCCGGAUCCUCUCCGCUGAAGUUGCCGAAGACCGACGCCCCCAGCUCUCCCCCCGCUCCGGCUGCGUCUGGGUCCCCAGGAGGUUCCAAGAUGCUUCUGGGAAAACGGGGAGCGUUGGCAUCCGCGGCCUUCGGACUUUGCCUCUCUCCGCUUUCUUCGUGUGAUGUUCCCUCGAAGGACUCUUGACAGCGUGAAGUCUUGUAAAUUGCCAGCUUCCACUCUUUCAGCUUGUACCGUUGUUCGGAUUUUUUUGAUAUGAAAAAUAAUAAAACUCUCUGGGCAUUUCUAA